UACGGCAAUAAUUUUAAUUUGUUUAAUUAACUUUUUUUUCACUCAUUUUCUCUCUCUCUUUCUCUCUUUCUUUCUAUCUCUCUGUUUCUUUUAUAAUAACAUGACUGGAUUCGUCCUUGUAUCUAAUUCUGGCAAGAAGAUCUGCCUUGAACACGCUUCUCACCCAUGCCCACGCUGUAAAAAUCAAAACUCUGUCCAGUUAACAAGAUCUGAAAAAUCACUGAUUGUUCUUAAUAAACGACUUACUGACAACUCAAGAGUAAGAUACGAAUGCUCUCAAUGUAAAUGGAAAAAUGAAAUGCUACCUUUCGAUGGAAGAGAAUCUGCUGAAUUCGACCGUUAUUUAUCAGAAACCUCAACAGACGAAUUCUUUUACAGCGACGCAUCAACAUCUCCUUAAAAAUUUAGCACAUACCAAAAAAAAAUCAUAAUUAGACUACUACGACAUUAUAUAUAUAAAUUAAUACUGUAAAUACUUUAUAUUUAUAUUCUCAUCCCUUCCCCCUCUUUGCAUCUUCAUCAUUUCACUAUAGACUUUUUCAUAUACAAAAGAAUAAAUAAAUAUACACACUUCACUGAUUAUCUAUCCAGUGUAACAUAGUA